GAGAUGAACGUCACGACGCGAACCGAAAUCACGCAGAAGCGUAGAUUUUACGUUAGCGUAGCGUAUGCUGACCUCAGUCAUCGUUGGCCGGUCAGCUGUGCGGCCGGCGCGGUGGUCAGCUGACUGACCGUGACGUCACUAUGCCCAGCGGCGGCGGCGGGGUCGUGACCGGUCAGUGAUUCUCCAGUGGGGCACGGGGGAUGACCGCUUGGCAGGGUCGCAGCGCACCGUGGUAAUGCAAGAAUCAGACAUGGUCAUCACCAACGACGUAACGGGCGGACAAGAAAAAGUAACAAGUGGUCCAGCGGAGCUGGAUGUGGACACUGCGCUGAAGGAUAAAAGUCAAAUGGCUGCAGCAAAUGUGAAAAGGUUCGGAUCAAGCCCACGAAAGGCAAAGCUUCAGUCUUAUGAGGCAGAUAAUAGGGAGAAUAUUGAACCACUUGAGAAUAACCGCACUCGCAAGAACUCAAGGGGUCUAUGCCCAUCCUACAAUGAAAAUAACAUAGCACGAAGACCGUCUUCAGAUAAAAUUUGUGAAGAGCGGUUUGAUGCCAAACUUCAGAGGAUUUCACCGGCAUCUGUAGAGUCAAACACAGCAACGUUGGUGGCCACUGCACUCGACCUGUCUCCCGUCUCUCCGAGUGAUGCACCAGCGCUCCUGAGAACAGGUUGUCCGUCGAGCGGCGCCGCUACCGCCCCAGGUCGCCGCCAGGUGGCGCCGCUGUGGAGUCGCGCCCGCCUCCUGGCGGCCACCCGCGCAGAUCCCGUUUACCGUCGCUCCGAUAUAGAGGACGCCGUGGGCGCGGUCGAGCCGGAGCCCUGGUGGGCGCCGCCUCCGAUCGACGUGCGGCGCCGGCGGCAGCUGUUCGAGGCGCUGCGGGACGCCGCCGAGGGCCGCAGCCCGCCGGCCGAGUGCGCCGCCGAGCAGGCGGUGCGCGCAGUGCUCUACCGCAAACACCCGGAGCUGAGGGUGCAGCGCGUCUGCCAACCGCCUGACGGCCAGUGCGGCGACAUCGACGCCGAGGGCUUCAUCCACCGGGGCACCAUGCCGGUCCGCGUAUACGAUGACCUGUUCCUCGCACCCGCCAACCUCUCUCGCCAGGAGAUAGUGUCGAUGAUCCGAGCUGGACAGUAUCAACGAGGUCACAACGUGGCGUGUUUCUACGCCUACUUGUACUCUUACGAGUUCGUCUUCUUCUGCGAGUACCUCCGCCGCAUAGAGUGUCACACGCCGCAGGCGAUGGCGGUCGUGAGAGGCGUGCUCCAGCGCGCCGAGCACAUGCACCUGAUCUCGCACAGCGCGACCAUCUUCAGCCUGGCGCCGGAGGCUAUGUUCACGCAGCGGUCGCCGUUCCUGUACCUGGCGCGCCUGUUCCCAAUGCAGGAGCAAUGGGAGGCAGACCUGCUCUGCGACAUGGUCAACUGCCACGACCUCGUCAGGGCGGCAACUGCUGCGUGGAAGAGGGGGGAGCAUGCGCUGUUCACUAUCCACCAGGACAUGCGGCAGCAGGCGCGCGACCGCGGCGGUCCGGAGCCGCCGUUCCAUCCGGCUGUAGUACAGAGGCCAAGCUCUGCAGCCGCCUUCAGCAACAUCGAAGGUGAGCAGGUGCAGCGGCUCGAUUCGCAUGGCCUGGUGGUGUUCCAGGAGAGCGGUGCCUCCUUCUCCGACGUGGGCGCCUGCUGCCGGUUCUCACCGCUCGGCGAAGUCUCCGCAGAGGAGGUGCUGCGCCGCUCGGUCGGCCGGCACGCGCUCAUCCGCCUGUACGAUGACGUGUUCUUCCUCGGCGCGCCGCCGGUGGACCUGUACCGCAAGCAGAUCCGCUACCUGCGUCCGGCUGAGGUACGGCUCCACGUCCAGGUCGGUUUCUACUUCGACUCGCCUGGUUACGCCGACUUCCUUUGGAGAGCGCAGCGGCGCUUAGCCCGUUCUCUGGCGGACGGGUGUCGGAUGCACGCGCCACAGCUGUCGAGCGCCGAGACUGAGCUGGUGCGCUGGCUGCUGCACGAGUUCGCCAACACAUCGCGCCGAGCGCUUCACGACAGUGUUCGCGACCUGGCGCGCUUCGGACCUUAUCUCCUCAACGAGUACGGUAAAAUGCUGUGGCGCGUUCUGGGCGAGUACCUGGUCGAUAAGGGCACCCUGCAGCUGUGCACCGGUCUCACGGAGCACGCGCGCGCCACGCUGGAGGCUGCGCUGGCAGAACAUGGCUGCCUUCAAGAUAACUGAGGGCAGCUACGCGGCGGGGGAGUUUGAUAAGGCUCCGAUUCAAUGUUGUCCUGUUGCUGGGUGAUCUGGACUACGAGUUUGCAAUACCGAUUUAGGAGGUUGACCUGCUAAUCGUAUCUUUAUAUUUCUCUUGACAUUACGUGCGAGGUGUGGACAGGCUUUUUUAUCAUGAACUUAAUAUUUUACUUUGUCGAUUUCAUGCGCGAUGCCUCUGCGCUGGUCUUGGAUUACAAAUGCGAAUGCCGAAUAAUGCGCAAGCUGCUGCCAA